ACCGCUUCUCUUGGAUGCCCAGUUUGUGCAUUUCCACGGGCGGGAAACAAAGACAAGUUUUUGUGCCCUUACAUCCAUGGACUACCUGCAGAGUGCGUGAAGAAAGGAGGGGAUAUGCCAUCGCACAGCUAUCAAACAACGAUGCAGACAUUUAGCAGUGAGCGCAUCCCGUGUCUGUUCUUCCUGGGCCUUACUCUCACCUGUGCCGUCCUAGCCCAGAACAUGGUACCCCAGGAGAAAUGUACUCACUGCUGCCGGGGACCCGCCGGAAUGCCAGGUAUCCCAGGAACACCAGGACAAAAUGGCCGACGUGGCAACGAUGGGGAGAAAGGGAUGAAGGGAGAUAUGGGUUUCCCAGGAAUUGAUGGCACAAAAGGAGAGAUGGGACCUUCUGGCCCCAUGGGUGAGCCUGGUGACCGCGGCAAACGGGGCAGGAAAGGGGAUUGUGGUCCAAAGGGCAACCCAGGUGAGGCAGGCCAGAAGGGCGACAGGGGAUACACAGGAUAUAAGGGCAAGAAAGGAGAUCGGGGAGAAACACCAAAAACUACGGCCAAAAUCGCAUUUUCAGCAGCAAGGAGCAAAAAACUAGGACCAGUGUUCCAAGAGACAACAGUGACUUUUGACAAAAUUUUGACCAACAUUGGUGAAAGUUUUGAUGAAUAUUCCUCUCACUUUGUGUGCAGAGUAAACGGAACAUACUUUUUCACGACAAGUGUUGUGGGCCAAUUGAAAAUUGAUGCAUUUGCGUGGAUCAUGAUGAAUAACAAGCACAUGGUGCCUCUCCAUGGAGACGGGAGGGCAGGACAUGGCACUGGUAGCAACUCCCUCAUUCUUCACCUCACUGUUGACGAUCAUCUCUGGGUACAACUCAUCAAAGACUCCGCACUUCUUAAUGACUACUCUACAUUCUCUGGCUACCUUCUGUUCGAGGAUUAGACCACUUAUUAUCUGGCAUAUAACAAUACUUCAUCGCGUCAGUACUUACACUGCACAUGUCCUAAACUAAUCCCAAACAUGAUCUGGGGGCUGUUUUCACAAGGGCGUUUUAGGCUUGACUUCAAAUCUUUGCUGAACCAGUUCUUAGUGAACAAAUCUGAAUUCUGAAUGUGCGUUUUCCAUGUACAAAUCUAUAAUCUAUGCCAUUUCCCUUACUCUACUUACCCAUGUGUAUGCAUCACGCACUCAUCAAUAGUUAAUGCAAUUUGCAUUACAAGUGAUUUGAAAAUUGAGCUGGGAUACACAACAGUAAAUGCAAUAAAUGUAUGAUUAUCACGCAUACUGUACAUGUACUAGUACACACAUACACUACAGAUGGAAACAAAAUGUACCAGUAGAUGUCUUGAGCACCAUUUUAUUACAAUAUGACUUGGCCACAAAGCGACACCCGUGAAUUAAACUGUUGAUCAGGGUCACUACCACCUACAUGUAUACCUCAUCAUAUUGAACAGGUGGAGUACCUAUACAACAACACAAAAAUAUCAACAAAGGCCACAAUUAGUCCUCUCAAAAUCUGUAUUAUCCAUGUCUUGCAGCUUUCAGAUAGCGUAUGUAUUUGUUGUGUUAUCUAUGUCAUUUUCUAAUUCUUACUGCACAUGUAAAACAUCUUAUUUUUGUAGAUUAGACAAAAACGUAUCCCUUACUUGUAACAUUGUUGUACAUAGAACCAGACUUUAGCAAGCCAUAUGAAGUACCCUAAAUGCACAUAUGUAUUUUACACACAAUAUGUUACCAAUAAACUAAGGUUCCGGUGUUUAUAUAAUCCAGUUCAUGUUUAUCGUUUGUGCAUUUGAAGGAUUAAAUCAAAAAAAAACUACAAAAAAAGUGGUGGCAAUUGUUUCGUGAAUUCGUGUUUUAACUAAUCAAUAUGUAUGUUUAAUAGAGAACAAAAAUCAGUACUGCCAUUGACUGUACUUUACAUUUUACACGUAUGUUGUUAAAUUACAUAGUUUACCAGGAGUUGAUAGUUAUAUUGUAUGAACCUGUAGUGUA